GCUACUAGGCAAGCCCAAUGAUGUCGACCUCGACCGAGAGCUCUGAGCAUCCGUAUCAGUCCGACGGAGAGAUUCCCUGCUGCUUCACGAAGAGUUAUGACUCCACGUGUUCCGAGGACAGCGAGAAGAACACCCCAGAUACCCGGGAUGCAUGGCACCACCUGCCUCCAGAUUCCUUCAGUGAGACGGACAUCAGCUGCAUCAUCAACCAGAUACACAGCAAUGAGGAACCGGAAGAUUGGGUACAUGUGUACCCAAAGGGGGCUGAACUUUACUUGGAGCCCAUGAUAUUCAACAACAUUAAAAAUCUAGCACGUGGUAAAGGGAAUUUCGUAUACAUCAGUUCUGGGUUGAUGAAAGAUUUGAGGAUCUUGGACAAAACUCGAGUCCCACACAGCGUCAUAUGUGACAUCUGUGUUUUCAUACCAGAGAAACCAGUCACAUUGUUGACAUUUGUUGCCACGGACAACAGACUUAGUGACGUGUACAGCUACACUUCCUGUCUGGCGAGGGCCAUGACUACAACAGUGAGGAGGGGGAGUCUGGCCUCCUUCCAGAUGGUGCAUGGCGUGGUCGCACCACAGACAUGGCGGUCAAGCAGCACAUUCAGUGACAGCAUAGAGGAACUGGUGUCAGCCGCCAGAAGGACAGCAAUUCCACACUCCAUGGACAACAGUCAGUCUCACUGCAUUACUGCACUCAAGCAGUUCCUUGAAAUGAUCAAAGACAACACAGCUGUGAGGGUGGGCAGCAGUCCACCUGGGAGUCCAGUGCAGGAUGAGUCUUCAUGUUUGAGCCCAGUCGUAACCCGAGCCUACGAGAUGACCAUUGAUGUCCUACAGAAACAACGCCAUGCUGUAGUGACAGGCGGACCAGGCGAAGGAAAGACAACAGUAGCCCAUAUGCUCUGCAGGCUGUAUCAACAGCAAGGAUAUCAAACCUUCUUCUUCCAAGACUUUGAAGAAGCUGAUUUAACUAUCAUAUCUGAAGUUAAAGUACCAUUUCUGUUGGUAAUUGAUGACAUGUUCAAAAGCGAAAAUUCAGUUGAACAUCAGAGCUUUCUGAAAAGUUUUGAAAAGCAUAUUGAGGAUAAUGAUGUUAUUCUAGUGAUGGUGUGUCAAUUGUACUACUUUAAGAAGGCACAGACAAUGUUUCAGACGUACUUGCUCGGGGAUGGCUGUGCCAUUGACAUCACAGAUAUCAACUCCACCGGCCACAGAAGCACAUGUGUUGAACGCUACCAGCUCCUGCAAAGUAUGGGUGUUAAUGUUACUUCCUCUGAGCUGAUAAAAAUAUCCAAUAUCAAAACCUACACACCUGGAUUCCCUGCUAUUAGCAACGACUUUCCAACAGAGACAAGAUCAGACCCAAUUCAUUACUUUUCCUAUCCCCAUAGAUACAUCAGAGGUCAGAUCUGCUGUCUGCUCCACCAAUCGCCUUGUGUAGCAGCAGCAUUAAUAUUGCUGAUCAUCAAUGGAGGGGCAAUUAGAAGGAACUCAAAGAUUCGUGAAGAGCUCCUUGAAGCCAUCAAGACCGUAUGCCAAGGCUCAUCUGAAGAAACUAUCUUUGAUGAACUUCAGUUCCUAUCAGGAUCAUUUCUUACCACCAGUGAUGGGUUUAUAACCUUCCAGAACCAUGUCGUAUAUGAUGCGUGUGUAUUUGCUGCAGCUUUACAGUAUCCAGAGGUUUUGUGGAACAAUUGUAGCAUUCAGUAUUUGUCCCAAGUAAAUUGGCCUCUAACUGAACUGAAUACUGAUAUUCUGAUAUCAAAGCAGAACUUACACCAUUUCAUACAUGAUUUAGGUGACAGAUUACGGAAAAGACAGUUUGAAAUGGUUUUGAAAAGUCCGUUACUGGCAUCAGAAGAAAAUGUUGAUUUUCUCAUUGCUUGCAUUGGAACAAACAUAGAAGAGGUACUUUACUCGGUCGAUGUGAGUAGGAAGGGAAACCUCCUCUACUGGACUGGUCACUCACUGAAUCAUUACAUGACACAACUUCUCCUGCGUCAUUCUGAGAUGUCAUCAGACAUAGUACAACAUGCUCUUUCCACCUGUAUUUGUUUACAGAAAACACAUGUCUUCUCAUAUCUCUGGAACAUGUUAAAACACAAUUUAAAAAACUUUGACCAAAGUGACAUUGAUCGUCAAGACGGCAAUGGUCAGACCCUACUGUACUCCUCUGUGAGGACAGCUGAAAAUGAUAUGGUCAAGUUCAUAUUGAAGGAAGGUGCAAGUCCAAUGGUGCAAGAUAACAUGGGCAGCAACUCUCUCCAUGAGGCAUGUAGGCUUGGUAAAUCUGAUAUCUUAAGAAGUCUUGUAGCUGUCAAAGGCACCAACAUUAAUGUGAAAGACAGACACUCAAGGACGCCUUUGAUGAUUGCAGCCUUGCAUGGACACUAUGAGACCUUCAGGAUACUUUCAUGUAUGGAAGGUUGCGACAAAGCAUGUGUCGAUCAUGACGGAAACCAUGUCCUACACUUGGCCUGUUUGUCUGGGAAUAAAAAAAUUGUUCAAUCUAUUAUAGCCUCUGUUGAUGUGGAUGUCAACCAGAGAGGCCAAGAUGGGAAAACACCACUGAUGAUUGCAACAAGUGAAGGGCAUGGUGAUAUAUUUGAUGUCCUGAUCAACGCAGGCUGUCAGACAGACAUAGACAUGAGUUUAGUGCCCACUGAACAAGGAAUUGCAAAAUAUAGGCACAAUGCUGUCUCAAAGCACCAAGGGAAGGAUGGACCUGUCAUCAGCAAACUUGCCGAUCAUCAGCAUGCUCAGGGGAUAUUGCACAGGUUAGCAAACAAUGGACACUAUCAACUUCUGCAAUUUCUGCUGUCAAAAGAUACAUUUAAUCUAGAUUGUACAAACUCCAUCGGAAGAACACCAGUCAUGACAGCAGUCGUGGCUGGUCACCAAGCAGUGUAUGACCUCUUUGUUAGCAAGGGGUGUUCUCUUGAUGUGACAGACAAGGAUGGUUGCAAUAUCCUUCAUCUAGCAUGCAAGACAGGUAGCCAUGUUCUUAUUGAGAUAAUCAUGAAAUGUCACGCUAUUGAUGUCAAUUGUAAGGAUGAGACUAACAAGAGUGCAGUGAUGCAUGCAGUUGAAGGAGGACAUCUGGAAGCCUUUAAGCUAUUAAGAGACAAAUGUGACCUCCUUUGCAUAGAUAAUGAUGGCAACAGUUUGCUACAUCUCGCCUGCAUCGGUGGGUGUGUAGAUAUUGUUGAGCUUCUGAUGACAUCUGGUAGAUUUGACAUAGACUCCAGGAAUCAGCGUGGUAGGACCCCUGCAAUGGUUGCUGCAUACGCUGGCCAUAGUGAAAUAUAUAGCGAUUUGAAGAGGAGAGGAUGUGACUUGGAUAAAUUAGAUACCAAGGGUCUUUCAUGUUUUUGCUGUGCUUGCAUGGGUGGUAACAUUGACAUCGUUUCAGAUAUGUUGUAUCACAACAGAUUGUUUAUGCAUCACCGAGAUACUCAAGGCCGCACGCCAACUAUGCACGCUGCAGAACAUGGGCAUGUGAAGGUGAUGGUCUUUCUACUGGAUAAUGGGGGAGAUGUUUCAGAACAAGACGAUAAUGGCAACACACUUCUCCACAUUGCGUGUUGUACAGGUAAUGAGGGGAUUGUGAAAGCUUUUUUGAGUGGGAAUACUGACAUCAACCGACGAGGUCACUUGGGGAGGACACCAAUCAUGAUGGCAGCUAUGAAGGGUCACAAGAGGGUGUUCAACCUCUGCCUGAAACAAUCUUGUGCCUUAUCCACAAAGGAUUACAGUGGCAACAACCUUCUACAUGCGGCAUGUAUUGGAGGACAUGUUCAGAUUGUUCAAUGGCUUUUGUUACAAAACAUGUUUGACAUAAAUUCGAGAGGUGAAUCAGGAAAGACACCACUGAUGAUGGCAGCUGAACGUGGGUAUGUUGAAGUCUUCAAUCUGCUGGUAAAGGAAGGAUGUGAUCACAACCUUUUGGAUGAAAGAAGUAACACGACCCUUCAUGUGGCAUGCGCAAGCGGUAAUGUUAUAAUAGUGAAAUACCUCCUCUCACAGUGUGGCCUGGAGGGGGACUGCAGAGGGGAGACAGGGAGAACGCCAGCCAUGUGUUCAGCGAUUGGUGGUCAUAAGCAGUUGUUGACACAUCUGGUACAAACAGGGGCGAACCUGUCUCUCACAGAUGAUGACAAUAAUAACAGCUUUCAUCUUGCAUGCCUUGGGGGAAGUGUGGAGGUAUGUAACCUUCUUCUACAUCUAGCCGUUGAUGUGUGUGAUCUUGCAUCAAGGGGACGAAAUGGCAGAACGCCAGUUAUGAUGGCAGCAUCCAAAGGUCAUUCGGGAGUUUUCGAGCUACUUAUAAGUAAAGGGUGCAAACUUUCAGAACUAGAUGAUAACCAUGACAGCAUCCUCCAUUUGGCGUGCCUGGGUGGCAACGUAGCAAUUGUCCAGUACCUGCUGCUGCAAGGAAUCGUUAACCUAAACAGUAAAGGACGGCACGGAAGAACCCCAUUGAUGCUUGCAGCAUGGAAGGGGUUUACCCAAGUGUACUUCUUGCUUGUAAGUAGAGGGUGUGAUCUUACAGGUGAAGAUGAAUAUGGAGACAACAUCCUACAUCUGGCAUGUCGAGGUGGUAGAGCAGACAUAGUGGAGCAUCUGAUCUCUCACCGACAUGGGGACCUUGAGAGCAGGGGCCAAUAUGGAAGAACGCCCGUGAUGAUGGCAGCAGGGAAAGGAUGCAAACAGGUGGUAGAUUUACUCAUUGACAACAUAUGCGACCUCACUGCCGUGGACAGUAAUGGAAACACUGUUCUUCAUCUCGCUUGCCUCAGUGGUAAAGCUUGGUUUGUCAAAUAUCUCCUCUCUAAGGCCACGGUGGAUGUGUUACAGGAAAACGAUUCUCAACUCUCCCCAGACAGCUUUGCGAGGUACUGCGGUCAGAAGGGGGUGUUCACGAUGCUUUUGAGAUGCUCCCAUUCGGCCUAGUGAUGUAAGUGCUGCAAACCGAUAACAUGGCGUGGAGCAGAAUGCUAACAGACGGUUUGCACGUGUGUUUUGUAGUGUAUUUAUUUAAAAUAGAUUGGCAAUUGGUCUGCAUGUUGGCAGAUAUAUGCUGUCUCCUUUUGGACUGUGAGUAAUACCACAUUUGCUCGCAUUUGACUAGCCGUUGCAAGAUGUAUGAUUUCUCUGUUAGAAGGUAUUAAACGUUACAACGUUCAUGGAAUCCGGCAUCCUGCUACUUCGACGUGGCAACUGAGACGAGGCAACUGUCACGUGGCAACUGAGACGUGGCAACUGUAACGUGGCAACUGAGACGUGGCAACUGUCACGUGGCAACUGAGACGUGGCAACUGAGGCGUGGCAACUGUCACGAGCAACUGAGACGUGGCAACUGAGACGUGGCAACUGAGACGUGGCAACUGUCACGUGGCAACUGAGACGUGGCAACUGUGACGUGGCAACUGUGACGUCAGUGUGCACCCAUAAUCAACAUCAAACAUUGAUGUCAUGUUUUUGUUUUCUUGUACAAUAUGUCCGCGUGUUUUGUUCAUGUAAAGAAUUGACUUACCUUGGGACGGGUGCCGCUGGUGAGGAAGGAGACAUUCAUCUUUUCGCGAACACCUGGUGUCAUCACUUAUACCAGGAUACUCUAAAUAGUGAUUCAUAAACUGUUAUAAUACAAUCGGAAUUCCACAGCAGUUGCAAUGUUACAAUACAGUCGGAAUCCCACAGCAGCUGCAAUGUUACAAUACAGUCAGAAUCCCACAGCAGCUGCAAUGUUACAAUACAGUCGGAAUCCCACGGCAGCUGCAGUGUUACAAUACAGUCAGAAUCCCACAGCAGCUGCAAUGUUACAAUACAGUCGGAAUCCCACAGCAGCUGCAGUGUUACAAUAAAGUCAGAAUCCCACAGCAGCUGCAAUGUUACAAUACAGUCGGAAUCCCACAGCAGCUCCAAUGUUACAAUACAUUCAGAAUCCCACAGCAGCUGCAAUGUUACAAUACAGUCGGAAUCCCACAGCAGCUGCAAUGUUACAAUACAGUCGGAAUCCCACGGCAGCUGCAGUGUUACAAUACAGUCGGAAUCCCACAGCAGCUGCAAUGUUACAAUACAGUCAGAAUCCCACAGCAGCUGCAAUGUUACAAUACAGUCGGAAUCCCACAGCAGCUGCAGUGUUACAAUACAGUCGGAAUCCCACAGCAGCUGCAAUGUUACAAUACAGUCGGAAUCCCAAAGCAGCUGCAAUGUUACAAUACAGUCGGAAUACCACAGCAGCUGCAAUGUUACAAUACAGUCGGAAUCCCACAGCAGCUGCAAUGUUACAAUACAGUCGGAAUCCCACAGCAGCUGCAGUGUUACAAUACAGUCGGAAUCCCACAGCAGCUGCAAUGUUACAAUACAGUCGGAAUACCACAGCAGCUGCAAUGUUACAAUACAGUCGGAAUCCCACAGCAGCUGCACUGUUACAAUACAGUCGGAAUCCCACAGCAGCUGCAAUGUUACAAUACAGUCGGAAUCCCACAGCAGCUGCAAUGUUACAAUACAGUCGGAAUCCCACAGCAGCUGCAAUGUCACAAUACAGUCGGAAUCCCACAGCAGCUGCAGUGUUACAAUACAGUCGGAAUCCCACAGCAGCUGCAAUGUUACAAUACAGUCGGAAUCCCACAGCAGCUGCAAUGUUACAAUACAGUCGGAAUCCCACAGCAGCUGCAGUGUUACAAUACAGUCGGAAUCCCACAGCAGCUGCAAUGUUACAAUACAGUCGGAAUCCCACAGCAGCUGCAAUGUUACAAUACAGUCGGAAUCCCACAGCAGCUGCAAUGUCACAAUACAGUCGGAAUCCCACAGCAGCUGCAAUGUUACAAUACAGUCGGAAUCCCACAGCAGCUGCAGUGUUACAAUACAGUCGGAAUCCCACAGCAGCUGCAGUGUUACAAUGGCAUGACAUAAGGCUGGCUUGAUUGUGUAUAUUUCCGCCAAUGCUGAAGAUAUCAAAUUUAGGUGUGUUAUCAUCAGGAGUUACAUGUGGACCCACAGAAGAACUCGUAUAUUUAAAGAUGCUCGAUCAUUUAGUGAAAUAAGUGAACUUUAUCAAGCUGAGAUAUGAGGGUAAUCAUUAUUUGAUAAUGUAUCACUAUAAUGAAUUUGCAGAUUUUUCUGAUUUUAUCGGUUACCAUGACGUCACAAUCAAAAUUAAUGACAUCACUAAUCCCUCUGCAUCUGAAGCUGGUUGGCUGAUUCUGCACUCAAGACACUGCAUAUUACUGUAUGCAAACUAAAAAACUGGGGAACUGAUUCUGGGUGAUAGAAUAGAAUAAAAUAGAAUAGUAUAGAAUCCUGGAGAAGCUGCUCAGUUACGUCUCCCCAGGUCCCUGAUAUGGUGGCCUGACUUUGGUUGCUGGUUACCUACAGCCCGUUUUCAUAUUUUGUUGCUGAAUAAUAAUUUAUUCUUUGAAAUGUUCUCAAACUAGUUUUAAGUAAAAUCUGUGAUAAUAUAAUUAUUGUACUCUA